AUGGUAUAUGUUUAUUUUGAACAUCAAGUUGCAUCAUUAUGCGGUGUACAUUGUUUGAAUACACUGUUGCAAGGUAGUUACUUUACUGCUGUAGAUCUAGCGAAUGUAGCGCAUGAAUUGGAUGAAAAAGAGAGAGAUGUAAUGUUACAGGCUGGCGUCGAUUCUUCUGAUUUCAUAAAGUUUGCUGCUGAAGGCAGUGGAAAUGUAGCGGACGAUGGAUUCUACUCGGUUCAGGUGCUAGAGAAAGCAUUGUCAUCAUUCAACUUGACUUGUACUUCUAUUAAUAAUAAAGAGAAUGCCGAUGUUAUUGCGAAUCCACUGAAGGAGAAUGGCUUUAUGUGUAACUUGCAGCAGCAUUGGUUCACUCUCAGAAAGAUCGAGGGUAAGUGGUUCGAUGUCAAUUCACUCAAGAAACAGCCAACGUUCCUCUCUGACUUUUAUGUAAGUCUCUACCUGGAAACACUGCGCCAGCAAGGUUGGAGUAUAUUCGUGGUGCGUGGUGACUAUCCUGCGAUCAUUCCUUUCUCAACGGCCGAACUAGGCAAAUGGGUCGACGUCGAUCCAACAGUAAGCAAGCCACCAACAUCACAGCAACAACAACAACCAAACAGAUCCAUGGUAGAUCUCGAAGAAUUCGAUCCAGACUUGGAGGAGGCACUUAAAUUAAGUUUAAAAUAUUCAGAUGAUAAUGAAGCAUAUCGGCCAAUGAAUCAGAGAAGAAACGAUUCAAAUGAACCAUACACUUUAAUAGAGGUAGAUGAAUACGAGCAGAUUAUCGAUGAUGAUGAAGAUGAAGAUUUAAAGUUGGCAAUUGAAGCUAGUUUGAAUCAAUCAUAG